UCUAAUUAGAGAUGCAGGGGAUCAAUGAUAGGGAGGUUGGACAGCCCGAUCCCCCAGUGCCAGCCCAAUAGACUGAUGAGUUAUUGUCAUGUAAAAAAGCGCUAGCAAUAAGACCCAAACGCCGUGCUAUUGUCCAAGCGGAAAGAGCCAAGUUUAUUAUGAGGACUAUAUGCUCUAGAGACCUGGGGCUAGGCGGCUCCUUGGGAGGCUUUUCAUAAAACAAGGCUCAGCUCCUAUAAAGGAGGGCAGUUUUUGAGCAGGCGCCGAGCAGUGCACAUCUACCCACGGCACGAGCCACCUUCAAACCAGUAAAAAUUCAGCCGCCACAAGCUCCCAAACUUCGUCCGCGUUUUGGCUUGCUUUUUUCAUGUGCUCCUCGCCAAUUUAAUUUAAUUUGAAUUUGACGUUUGUGUGUAUUUUUCUUUGGGAGUGCAGCUUUCCUUCUCCACUGAGCCUUUUCAAUGUAUAAAAUGGAGUAUUCUUACCUCAAUUCCUCUGCCUACGAGUCCUGUAUGGCCGGGAUGGACACCUCGAGCCUGGCGUCAGCCUAUGCGGACUUCAGCUCCUGCAGCCAAGCCAGUGGCUUUCAGUACAAUCCCAUCAGGACGACGUUUGGGGCCACCUCCGGGUGCCCGUCGCUUACACCGGGCUCCUGUAGUCUGGGCACCCUGCGGGACCACCAGAACAGUCCGUACGCCACAGUCCCCUACAAGCUGUUCACCGACCACGGAGGUUUGAAUGAGAAGCGGAAGCAGAGACGCAUUCGGACAACUUUUACCAGCGCGCAGCUAAAAGAGCUGGAGCGCGUGUUCGCUGAGACUCACUACCCAGAUAUUUACACACGAGAGGAGCUCGCGCUAAAAAUCGAUCUCACCGAGGCUAGAGUGCAGGUGUGGUUCCAGAACAGGCGUGCCAAAUUUCGCAAACAAGAACGUGCAGCCGCUGCCGCAGCUGCGGCAGCAAAGAACGGGUCUGGGAAGAAAUCUGACUCGCGAGAGGAGGACAGCAAAGAGGCAAAGGCUACCGAUCCUGAUAGCACUGGUGGGCCCGGACCUAACCCAAACCCUAAUUCCAACUGUGGUGGACCAAGUCCUACCGGCGGACAGGUCAGCGCCACAGGGAACGGCCCGGUUGAACAGGUGAAGACGUCAGUGGCUGGUAUGGGAGUCACUGCGCCGAGUCAAGGUUGGGCCUCUGCCCCGGGCACCAUCACCUCCAUUCCGGACUCUCUGGGCGGACCCUUCGCUAGUGUUCUGUCAUCAUUACAAAGACAGAACGGAGCCAAAGCCACUUUAGUAAAGACCAGCAUGUUCUGAGUUACUGCUUGAUGCAGAAAAGAAACGACGACCGCGAGAUUCGACAAACACACAAAGUAAGCGUUUACUAUAGUCACCGACAACUGACAACUGGAAAAAGGAGAAUGUCAAAAGAAGGAGAGAGCCCUGUAUCUCUAUCCACUGGUGUAGAAAAAAAGAGACCACCUCUGGUCCUCAUUCGACUAAUUUCGACACCAUUGGUUUACACCAGAAGCUGGAUAAUAAUACCAUACACAUUAUGUUAACAUUGUGACCUUAUCCGGACUGUUUUGUUUUGGCUGUGGUCGUUGACAUAAUUUCUGAUGUAUUCAAGUAAACUAACCAAUAGACUGCGAUGCGCGAUCCUGCUGCAAAGAAACCCCACCAAGGACUCAUGAAGAUACAAUGUCAUUAUUCAGUGUCAUUAUACAUGUCAUUAUAUCUUGGCGCCAUAAUUAUUUGUUUACAUUGACUCUAAACGUACCAAUAGCGCAAGUUACAUGUCUGUCUGUAUUACAGAACACUGCCAAGUGUGGCACUCUGUUAUAUAUUUUUACCUAAAUUUACCAAGUCUUAGAGCCAGGGGCUCUGCAAACACUCAUCUACAUAUUUACUAUUAAUCUAAGGCAAGUUGUUCUUAAAUGGCACAAGUACAUACUUCAUUGUUGACAGAAAUACGUAAACGUUUUGUGUGUCUUUCUACAGCUGUGUUUUUGUGGCUCAAAUUGUAUAGUGUUAAAACGUAUUGACGUCCUAGAUAAGCAUAGACCACAUCCCCCUUGUAGUUCACCGAGUCUUUAUAAUGUUUUACAAGUUACAACUGGCGCAUUCUUUGGAGGAAAAAGGGAAUGGAUACAAACCAUUGUAUUUAUUUUCUAUAUUAUUUGCAUGUUGUCUUCUCCGUCAAAUUUUUUAAUGAUUUCACCUAUUUUGUGAGCAUAAUGUAACACGUUUUUGUCCAGGAUUUGAGAAUAAUUUAUAUGUAGGUAAUGGAUGCUUAUAUUUAAGAAGGAAAUAUUUCUACAUGUGCACAUAGUUUUUUCAGGUGUAUACCAUUGACAUGGCUGUUGAUGAUAAAAACGAUUAUGAUGCUAAAAUAGUAUUGUCCCGUUUCCUUUUUAAAGUAUUCACUUAAUUUAAAUGAAACAUUGCUAAAAACACAAUAUUCAAACACAAAAUCUCAUC